GAUUGAUGCAUUUUUUUUCUUCUUUGCUUUGUUUUCAAAUAGUAACAUAAUAAAUAACAAAUGAAUGCAAGGCGGCACGAAUAGAAGGAAUAUGAAAUUCAUAUCUUUUAAGGAGAAUAAAAAUGGACAUGCGAUGGAUGAAUGUUUUAGUUUGCAAGUUUUAUACAACUUCGUUCAUCUCAUGUUGUCCGACACCGAGAGGACAAAGAAGACUUUGGAAAUGGAAUGCGAAGAAGCCAAAUUUGCACUAAAACCUUGGCUUAUAGAAAGCACGGUUGUUCGGCAACUUGACAAAAAUAUUUGCAGUUGCGAAGAAGGAUUAAUGGAGAACCCGGAGGAGAUAGCCGAAGAGAUCGCCAAGACGUUACUUCACGCGCAGCAGCUGCGCGAAAAGCUCGCGGUGAACUUGAACAAGGAGCGCCGCGAGUCCCGCAAGCCGAGCACUCGGGAGAUCUACACGAGGGCGCCGCCACCCCUCAAGGAGGCCAACACAAACGCGCCUCGGUCCAAGUCUCAGUACAGGAGCGUCUCCCAGCAGAGGCCCGCCGAGGAGCAGAGGCGCGCGCGAUUACGGAGCGUCUCGAGCGUCCGGAACGUCGGCAACGAGAACGCGAGAGAAAGCGCGAGAACGCGGCUGCCCGCCUGGAGCCAGUUCAGAAUCUCCGGGGACAACGACCUCGCGAGGCUCACGAGCACCCACAGGUCCAAGUCCAGCCAGCCCAACUUCAUCCUGGCCAAUAAGCUGAGCGUGCGUAGCGCCAAUAAUAAGUCAGCCGACAAGCGUCCGCCCAAGUGUCAGUUGGAAAAGUCGAGGAAAAGCGCCGAUGGAUACUUUAGCAUUGGUUGCAGCGGGAUGGGCGGCAGAUCAGCGAAAGCGAAAAGUUCCGAUUUCUUGAGGAGCGUACGCAGCGAGGAGAUGGAGACGCUCGGCAAGUUGAACAGUUUGAUAAAAACGUUUGCGACCUCGACGAGGGUGAGUUCGUCGAGCGCGAGGGACAAUUGCCCGAUCCACGCGAAGGGGGCGUUGAACUUCGUCGAGGAGAAGGUCGUGACGUCGGUGGACGCGGUCGAGGGCUUGGACAGGAUCGGCGUGCCCGGAAACUUGCUCAACAUCCUGAAGACUUAUCAUGCUUUCGUGAGGUUGGAAGUCUUUCGCGAUGCCAAGAUGAUUUCGAAGAAGCAGCCGGAAGCGGCCAACAACUUUUUGUCCAACCUCGAGGCUAUUAAUCGAAAAAAGAAUCGUACCGAUUUGAGCACUUAUCACGAUUUACUUAAUGGAUUUUCAUUAUUAUACAGUGACUCUUUCAAUUCCAACAUGACUAAAGCUCAAUUGAAGGAGCUUCGAUCGCAAUUUAAGGCCUUACAACUGUUAUACGACGAUUAUAAUAUUAAACAGAAAUCUGGCGAAUUGACAUUCUUGAACGAAAAUGUACAAUAUGAUGAAUUUAUAUUCGAUACGAAAAAUUGGAUGUCCAAUGGCAUAUGGAAUUACUUAUGUAUUCCCAAUAUGAAAGGAAUAUUUGGAUCGCAAUGCACCAUAUACUCGGACAACAAUCAGCUGAUAUGUUUUUACGAUUUUAUUCAGAAAAUUCAAAGGAAAACAUACGAGAUGGCAUUGAUAGAGCUAUUGACGAUGAUGGUCAUACCAAAGUUGAAGGAAUUGUUCGAUCCGACGAGCCACGAGUUUGUCAAAAUAUACAAAAUGAUCGUUACUAUGAUACAAAUUCUCAACCCGACAGUUCCAGUUUUGGCGAAAACGGAAUCCGAGGAUUAAUACGUUGCUAAUUUAUAAAAUGU